AUGGCGCGUUUGAAACGUUUGCAUCGGUCUUCAAGCUCCAGCUCCGACGGAGAUCCGGCCGCCCAACGAGCUAAGGUCACCUGGCAACUUUACAUGCUUGCUGCAACUGAUUAUUUGCGUAGCAUGGUUAAUCCUUUAGAAUCAGAACGGAGUCGGGGCGCUCGAUGGUUUGUGCCAUUCUGCCUGCUCUUGAUCCCUGUUUGGGUGAGCCUCGUCAAUAAGGCUGUCCCGGAACCCUACCUCGAUGAAGUCUUCCAUGUCCCGCAAGCACAGGCAUACUGGGCGCAUAAGUGGACGCAAUGGGAUCCGAAGCUUACAACGCCGCCGGGGUUGUAUCUGUGCUCGUACAUUGUCUUUUCUGCUGUGUUGCUGUUGCGCGGGUCUCCGACAAAGCUCACUCCGGACGUCCUGCGAAUGACCAACGUUGGAGCAACUUCGGUUAUCUUUCCUUGGAGACUGCAAAAGUUGUUUGAUACUAUCCAGAGGAUGAAAAAUACUCGCCCAUUGGGAGCGAACUUGUCGCACACCGUGCUGAAUAUUUGCUUGUUCCCUCCGCUCUUCUUCUUCUCCGGUUUGUACUAUACCGAUGUUCUGGCUUUGCUGGUUGUCAUUGAAGCGUACAAUUGGGACUUGGAAAGAGACUCGGAAAAAGACCCGAAAGAAGGACCUAAAAAUGGUGUUCGGGAGACACUGAUUUUCUUGGCUUUCGCACUCGCUGCACUGGUCUGUCGACAGACCAAUAUCUUCUGGGUUGCAGUCUUCCUGGGUGGACUUCAGGUUGUUCGCAAGAUCCGAAAGUCAGCUACGCCUUGCAUGUCAUCCAAAGUGCCAACUAUUGUGAAGCAAGGUCUGCAGAAUGAGGUGUAUGAUCCUCUCGUUUCGGAGGCUUCCUUGGAAGAUUAUUUCAAGACCGCCGUUUCACUUGCAACCAUUGGUCUACAGAAGCCUUUCUCUCUCCUCGUUUCUCUUAUUCCUCACAUCAUCGUCCUAGCAGCCUUUGGCGCGUUUGUACUUUGGAACGAUGGUGUUGUCCUUGGCCACAAGGAGUUCCACACUGCGGGUAUUCACCUGGCUCAAAUGCUCUACAUCUGGCCGUACAUCGCCUUCUUCUCGUGGCCACUGUUUGUCCUUCCUUUGAUCAACAUCCUUGCCCCCAAGCCACUCCCUGAGUCUCUGAACCUUGGCUUCCCGUCGAAGCAACGGAAGUAUCCCAAGCUCAAAGCAGCCCUGAUUGUCAUGCCGCUUAUGCUUGCCGUGGUCCACUUCAACACCAUCGUGCAUCCCUUCACCCUUGCUGAUAACCGACACUAUGUGUUCUACGUCUUCCGCAUUCUUCUGGUCCACCCCGCAGUCAAGUACGCUGCAGUCCCAGUCUACUUCCUCUGCGGAUGGGCCGUGAUCUCUGCCUUUGGAUUCACGACCAUUCAGCGUCCACCCAAAGCCCUACGAGUUCAGGGUGCCCCAGUAGUACCUCCUGCGCCAGCUCCGGCCCCUACCCCAUCCCCAGCUGCGAAAGAGCCAAAACGUAUUCCAGCGUCUGCACGCAAGCCCGUCCAACAGCAUGAGCAACCACCAAAGGGAGCGAAAAAGCCCGCCCGGCCCAACCGCAAGAAUGCCAAGAAGAGCGAGAAAACUGAGGAGAAGCCCUCCGCGGCUAUCACGGAUCCAAAUGAUCCUACAGUUCUAGCUAGAGUCCAAAAGCACAUCUUCGCACGACAGAAAGAAUUGCUGGAAGCACCGCGCGUUAGCUUCGUGCUUGUUUGGCUGGCUGCUACUUCCCUGUCUCUCAUCACGGCACCCCUCGUCGAGCCUCGCUAUUUCAUCAUCCCGUGGGUUAUGUGGCGUGUGCAUCUUCCUCCCCUGCCAUGUCUAUUCAAGUACCGAGAGACUCGUCCUCGCACAGAGGAAGCUAAGCGCCGCUCUGAUUUCAUUAUCAACGCGCCAAAGUUCGUGGAGACAUUCUGGUUCUUGGUCAUUAACUUGAUCACUGGGUAUGUCUUCCUGUGCAAGGGCUUUGAGUGGCCGCAGGAGCCUGGCAAGGUCCAGCGGUUCAUGUGGUGA